AAUGGAGGACUAGAUUUGAAUAUCCCGCUCUGGCAGCCUACUCACUCACUGCUCCGACGGAGGAGGAGACUCAACAACACUCCGCCGUCAUCUAGAUCCAGCUCAGUGUGUCAGCGAGCUGCUGACUAGAGUCACUGAGAGCGAACUAUUAGCACUAAAACAACAUUUAACAAGCAAAUACCAAGCUUUCAUUCACUGCUACUAACCCACACAGGAGAAGAAGCAGUGUCGAGCAUUUUUAUCCAGUUUUCUCCUCUUUUUUUCCUCCAUGGAGUCGUGUUUCUUGGAGAACUAGAGAGCGGGCAGAGCUGCUCAGUGACGCCGGGAUGAGUGUGAGCACGGCGGGCAGCGGAGCGGGCAGCACCGCGGGGUCCUGCCGGUUCGCUCACUACUUCGCUAUCUGCGGGAUAGACACAGAAACUGGACUGGAACCGGACGAACUAGCAGCUUUGUACCGAUGGCUAGAAGCAGACCGCCAAGGCAGGGAUCCAGAUGCUGCAGCCACAGGUGAAAACUUUGAGCAGAGCCCCCUGAAGAGGACGUUCAAGUCCAAAGUUCUGGCACGCUACCCCGAGAACGUGGAGUGGAACCCUUUCGACCAGGAUGCCGUCAACAUGCUGUGUAUGCCUAAAGGCCUGUCGUUCAGGACGCAGAUGGACCAGCGUGAUCCACAGUUCCACUCCUUCAUCAUCACCAAGGAGGACGGCUCUCGGACCUACGGCUUUGUCCACACCUUCUACGAGGAGGUGACCAGCCCGCAGAUCUGUUCCGCCAUGCAGACCCUCUACCAGAUGCACAACGCAGAGAGCGCCACCGCCAACACCCCUUCCUCCUCCUCCUCCUCUUCAUCCUCCUCCAGCAUGGACUCUCUGGCCAGCAGUGUAGACGAGGCCGACUCCCCCGCUUCCUCAUCGUCCUCCUCGUCCCGCAGGGCGGGUGGCUACGACUCGUCGCGGGACACCCUCUACGUGUCCAAGGCCUUGUGUCUGAUUGCGCCCAUGCCCUUCAUGCACGCCUGCCGCCGCUUCCUGUCGCAGCUGCACAGGGCCGUCACCGCGGCCACCGCCCCCCCGCUGCCGCUGGAGAGUUACGUUCACAACAUCCUGUACGAGGUGCCGCUACCCGCCCCGGGACGCUCACUCAAGUUCCACGGCGUGUACGAGCCCAUCGUGUGCCAGAGGCCCGGACUAGGGGAGCUGCAGCUGGCUGACUUCCCCCUCGCAGAGACCUUCAGUCAGCUGGGAGUGGAGAACCUGGUCCAGGUGUUCACUUGCACCAUGCUGGAGAUGCAGAUCCUCCUCUACUCACACGACUACCAGCGGUUGAUGACGGUGGCCGAGGGCAUCACCACGCUGCUGUUUCCCUUCCAGUGGCAACACGUCUACGUUCCCAUCCUGCCGGCCUCUCUGCUCCACUUCCUGGACGCUCCUGUCCCCUACCUGAUGGGCCUGCAGUCCAAAGACGGCGCCGACCGCUCCAAACUGGAGCUUCCUCAGGAGGCCAACCUGUGUUUCGUGGACAUUGACAACCACUACAUCGAGCUUCCAGAGGACUUUCCCCAGUUCCCCAAUAAGACCGAGUUCAUUCAGGAGCUCAGCGAGGUGCUGCUCAGCUUCGGCAUUUCUGCAAACACAGGAGCCCCGCCACGGACCCGCAGCAGUCCCGGUAGCGCUCCAGGCAGCGCUCCCGGCAGCACCCCUUCCACCCCCGGCAGGGAGCGUAAGACGGUAGCUCUCCGGCAGCUGGAGGACGACGGGCGUAACGGCAACCUCGCGAGGGAGGAGCUGGCCGUGCUGGAGCUGCUGCAGGGCAACGCCACGCUGGAGAGACUGCAGGCGCUGACCAAACGCACCGGGGUGACGGUGGCCCGCGUGGACGCCCUGAGGGCCGGAGUGAAAGCUCAGGUCACCGAGGGGCAAGGGGGCCGGUCGGCGGCCGAAGAGGAGGAGCUGAGGAACGCCAAGCUGAACGUCCAGCUGAGGGAGGUGUUCGCCGGCCGCUUCACCACCAUGUUUGCAGACUACGAAGCCUUCGUCAUCCAGAGCGCCCCGGACCUGGAGUCCUGGCUCACCAACAGGGAGCAGAUGCACAACUUUGACAAGGCCUCGUUCCUGUCCGACCAGCCGGAGCCCUACCUGCCCUUCCUCUCCCACUUCAUCGAGACGCAGAUGUUCGCCACCUUCAUCGACAACAAGAUCAUGUCCCAGUGGGAGGAGAAGGAGCCGCUGCUCCGCGUCUUUGACGCUCGCAUCGACAAGGCCCGCCUCUACAACGUCCGCGCUCCCAGCCUCCGAUCCUCCUGCUACCAGAGGUGCUCCAUCCUCAAGGAGUCCGCUCAGGCCAUCGAGCAGCGGCUGAUGAAGAUCGACCACACCGCCAUCCACCCGCACCUGCUGGACAUGAAGAUCGGUCAGGGCAAAUACGAGCAGGGGUUCUUCCCCAAACUGCAGGCCGACGUGCUCAACACGGGGCCGACCAACAACAAGUGGUCUCACAGGACGGCGACAACUCAGCGAAGGAAAGACCGUCAUCGACAACAAACGGAGCAUCUGGGACUCGACAACGACCUGAAAGAGCAGGUGGAGGGCUGUCUGGUCCUGCAGAACUCCAUGGCGUUUUGGGAGUGGGACAAAGCGUCCCCUCCACCUAUCAAACCGCCUAAAAAAUCUGCCUCUGCGUCCUGCCUGAAAUACAUGCAGGAGGCCCGCAGCCUGGGGAAGAACCUCCGGCAGCCCAAACUGUCCGAUCUGUCUCCGGCCGUCAUCGCCCAGACCAACUGGAAGUUUGUGGAGGGGCUGCUCAAGGAGUGUCGCAUGAAGACCAAGCGUAUGCUGGUGGAGAAGAUGGGCCGGGAGGCGGUGGAGCUCGGCCACGGUGAGGCCAACAUCACGGGACUGGAGGAGAACACUCUGAUCGCCAGUCUGUGUGACCUGCUGGAGAGGAUCUGGAGCCACGGACUGCAGGUCAAACAGGGAAAGUCGGCCUUGUGGUCUCAUCAGCUGCACUACCAGGCCCGAGAGGAGAAGCUGGAGCAGCAGCAGGCAGAGUCACCAGUGUCACAUGUUCCUGAGAGGAGGAAGUCAGACUGUUCCAUAGCGAUGCCGUCGCUACGUGUGUCUCUCAUACAGGACAUGAGGCACAUCCAGAGUAUGUCCGAGAUAAAGACAGACGUGGGACGAGCCAGAGCCUGGAUCCGCCUGUCCCUGGAGAAGAAGCUGCUCUCUCAACACCUCAAACAGCUGCUGUCCCGACAAGCCUUAACCAAGAAGCUGUACAAACGUUACGCCUUCCUGCGCUGCGAGGAGGAGAAGGAGCAGUUCCUCUUCCACCUGCUCUCUCUCAACACCGUCGACUACUUCUGCUUCACCAGCGUCUUCACCACCAUCAUGAUCCCGUAUCGAGUCGUCAUCAUCCCCAUCAAGAAGCUGAGCAAUGCCAUGACCACCUCCAACCCCUGGGUGUGCGUGUCAGGUGAGCUGGGAGACUCGGGCAUCAUGCAGAUCCCCAAGAACGUCCUGGAGAUGACCUUCGAUUCUGCUUUCAGGGCUCAUACGCACAUCUCCGCCUUGUUCAAGUGUCAGAACCUGGGGAAGCUGACCACGGUGCAGCUGGGUCAUGAUAACGCCGGCCUCCUGGCGAAGUGGCUGGUGGACUGCGUCAUGGUGCGCAAUGAGAUCACAGGACACACCUACAGGUUUCCGUGCGGUCGGUGGCUCGGUAAGGGCGUGGACGACGGCAGUCUGGAGAGGGUCCUGAUCGGUGAGCUGGCGGUGCCCAGCGGAGAGGAGGAUUCUGGGAGAGGCUGUCGUACACCCCCGCUGCAGCGCUCGCCAUCCCAGACCAGACGCAUCAGCAUCACGUCGCUGUCCGGACGAGGCUACAAACCGACUUCAGCCCAAAUCCAAGAGGCCAUCGGGGAGGCUGUGAACAACAUCUGCAAACACUUCCACAAGCCAGAGAAAGAGAGAGGCAGCCUGACCGUCCUGCUGUGUGGAGAGAGCAGCUUGGUGGCAGCUCUGGAACAGUUCUUCCAUCACGGCUUCAAGUCUGCCCGGCUCUUCCAGAAGACUGUGUUUGUGUGGGACUUUGUGGAGAAGGCUGUUGCCUACAUGGAGUCAGCUGACCAGAUGGGAGACCUUCAGGAGACCGCGGAGCCCCUGGGAAUGACCUGUCAAUCACUCUGUCGCUACGUUAACGCCAUCAACUCCACCCCCAGGAACAUCGGGAAGGAUGGGAAGUUCCAGCUGCUGGUCUGCCUCGGAGCCAGAGACCGGCUGCUGCCUCAGUGGCUCCCCCUGCUGGUGGAGUGUCCGGUGAUCCUGCGGAUGUAUGAGGACACGGCCCUGCUCAGAGACCGCACCACUGUCAACGCCCUCAUCGGAGUCCUGGAGACGCUCCACGACUUCCCCAUCACACUGGAAGCCUCGCUGGUCAAAGGCAUCGACCUCUAGCCCCACGAGGGGAAGGAGGACGAAGUGAGGGACAAGAAAUGAAAACGGGAAGAGACUUUUGGUUACCAAAGCAAAAAAAAAGGUUCCACCGCUUCACGUUGAGAGGUCGGGGCUUUGGAUGCAGUAUUAUUACCCCACUCUGAAAGACCCUUUUUAAUUCCAUUACAGCCAGUGCUUCAUCAUGUUCUACUUCAUGAACUACAAAUCCCAAUUACUUGACAUUACUGUGUACAAUUUUCCAAAACAUACCGUUCGUUUCAGGUUUCCAGGCAGCCACUCGUUACACUUUUUUUCAGUAAACUCAAAAUCUACUUGAAGAAACGUAAAGUUUGUAUUUUACAUUUUUCUUAUUGAUAACAAAUUUCAUGAGCCAACAAUGCGUUAGUGUCUCAAUACUUUUUUUGCUCUCAGCUCUAAGCCCAUUGGUUCCUACCGAGGAGGUAAAUCUUUAAUAACACCUCACAAAUAUAUAGUUUUAUUUGUUUUAAAGCUCAGUAAUUUCCUAAAACAGCUGGUGACUUUAGUUUUUAUCAAACGUUACUGAAACUGGAGGAUAUAGUGCAUCUGUUGGGGACUAUUUUAAGCGGUGGAUUAAUCCAGAUUUGGUGCUCUAUGAGCCGUAUUAGUGGCACCAGGACGGCCACAAAUAUAAAAUAUCACCAGACUUAUUCUUUAAAACACACCAAUGUGUAAUGCUAAUGUAAUUUAACAGCUUUCUAAAGUUUCUGCAAGUUGAUUUUCACAGUUUUACUGAGAUGAAUUGAGAAAGUUUCUGCCUGGAGGGAAGAAAAUCAAACAAAAAACUGACUGACAGUAAUAUACACUGAUAUACACUGAUAUACGGGGUGAAAGCAAAACCACUGGUGUGUUUCUUUACAUGUUCGUAGCCUAGCCCGCCUCCGGGAGGUACAACUAGAUAUAAACUGUGAUAGAUUCACUUCCUCGCCUGCAACCCUAGUUAGCGUUAGCAUGCCUACGGGAUGUAGAAAGAAGAGACGACCUCAGGAAGAGACUGAGCGAUCACUGACACACUGGAACGAGGAUUAUGACACACAGAUGGUGAUGAAGUUGUGUUCUGACGAGGACGAGGACUACCUACCUGGUGUUGAGGAGUCACCAGCUCUCCAUGCCUCUCUUAUCUCUUUUAGUUCGCUGGACUUGUGUUGGGCAUUUCCUCUGCUUUGGAUGAACACAAAGAAACUGAUCUCAGAGAUGUGGCUCAGAGUCAGGAGCUGAACCUGUGGCUGCAUGGACAUUCCUACCCAACUGAGUGUGUGUGUCAUAUUUCAAGGACGUAUGUGCUGUGGUGCAUGUGUGUUUAUGUCUUCCAACUCAAUGUUUUCAAAGUGGUUUCUGCAGAUGUGUGUGAUUAAUUUAUCAUUUUCUAACAGUUUUACCAGAUCAUCACUUUAAUAACGGCUAAAAUAAUCUAAAGUCCUCUUACUUACAAGAAAGCAAAAUGUUCCUUUAUCUAAAUGAAUGUAGUAAUCACUGGAAUAGAAACAUGUUGAGUGAUUCCUUCCAUAGAUCUUAUUUCACUAUUAUAAUGCACCGUUCAUGUCACACUGAACAACAGGUU